AUGCCACCAAGUACACCACCUGGACCUCGUUCCUCGCGAAGUACCUCUCAACAACCAGAUCCACUGGGUACUCCUUUAUAUCUCCAUAGACCAGACGCGUAUGUUACGCCAGGAAACUAUGCCACACCACCACCUACCUUAAAAUUAUUUCCAAAUCACUUAAAGAACAAUAGCAGUGCGCAUGCUUCUUCAACUAGUACUUCCGUGCGACAGCUAGCUUUUAGUUCUCCCUUUUUUAGUAGUAGAGAUAGCGUGGGAAGUAGCGCAUUCAGUAACUAUAGCACUGAAACGAAAACAGAAGAUCGAAUGCGUUACUGGAGAAACGCCGCACUUCAAUACCACAUGUAUGAGACUGCUGCUUUUUGGGGGAAUAAAUUGACCAGCAUAACUGGCAAUCCUGAUGAUGUAUAUUGGCUGGCACAAAUAUAUUUUAUGAUGGGACAAUAUGCCCGCGCGCAUAGUUUGUUAUGGAACUUACUCGAAAUAAGUACCGCUUGUAGAAUAUUAGCAGCCGAGUGCAGUAUUAAAUUGGAAAAAUAUCAGGAAGUAUUUGAUAUUUUAUAUGAAGAAAACCCGCCAGAAAUUACCGAAAAAGCUAAUAAUCAUCUAGAUGGGUCAAUAAAAUUGGAAGCGUAUAUGUGUUAUCUCCGUGGAUAUGCUUACGCACAACAAGCCAAUUUGGAUCAAGCGAAAAAAAAUUAUAAAUUAGCAGUGGUCCUGGAUGUCAGAUGCUUUGAGGCUUUCAAUGCUUUAAUUUCUAAUCAUAUGAUGACGAGUAAAGAAGAAUGGGAAUUUUUAAAUUCACUCGAAUUUGAAGAACAGUGCGGCAAGGAAGAUGGUACGUUUAUAAAAAUGAAUUAUAUGGCUAUGCUGAAGAAGUAUGAUCACGUUAAAGAGAUUGAGGCGUCUAGAGAAGAACUCGAAAAAACAUAUUCAUUGGUCGACAACGCUGAUGUGAUGCUAAGUAGAGCUGAGCAAUUAUAUGCUCAAUGCCAAUUUAAAGAUUGUCUAAACGUCACCACAAAAAUUCUUGAUAUCGAUACACACAAUCAAGCAUGUCUCCCGAUACACAUAGCAUGUCUUCAUGAGUUACGUGAAAAAAACAGAUUGUUUUUAUUAUCUCAUGAGCUUGUGGAACAUUAUCCGGACGCGGCAGUCACUUGGUUUAGUGUGGGCUGCUAUUAUUACUUAAUUGGACAGAACGAUGAAGCUCGGAAGUAUUUCAGCAAGGCUUCAACAAUGGAUUCACGGUGUGGGGCAGCAUGGGUGGGAUUUGGACAUUCUUUCGCGGUGGAAUCGGAGCAUGAUCAAGCUAUUACUGCUUAUUCGACUGCAUCGAGAUUGUUUCAAGGUUCCCACCUGCCGACAUUAUUCAUAGGAAUGCAACAUCUACAAGCCAACAAUUUCAUUUCUGCAGAAGAAUAUCUGUUCACUUCGUAUCAGAUAUGCACAGGCGAUCCACUUGCACUUAAUGAAUUGGGCGCGAUUGAAUAUUUUGAGCGCGCACUAAGUCUGGUUGUAGCCACUAAAUCGCGUACACAAGUAAAGGAGACAACAUGGAUGAAUCUUGGUCACGCUUAUCGAAAAACGGGUAAGCUUGAUAUAGCAGAAUCAUAUUUUCAAAAAGUUGCGGCGAUUUCACCGCCAAAUGCAAAUGCACUAUCUGCUAUCGGUUACAUUUAUCACAUCAAAGAGAAUUACUCACAAGCCGCCAUGUAUUAUCAUGAGGCACUCGGGAUCAAACCAUCUGAUCUAAUAACGCAGGAUUUACUCGUCAGACCUUUUAACAAAAUAAAACCUCGCACUCGCAACUAUACCACAAUUCCCUCGCGUGCACUUUCUUUUGACUUACGAGAGCUCUUCGAACAACCAAGAAACCUAGACUACGCGUCUAACUAUCAGUUAAUAACUGCAUUCGACGCGGCAAAGGCAGAUACUAUACCAAAAUGCUCCUUAAUGCUCGUCCGAGACUUUAUAGAUAACUCAUUGUAUAACCCAUAUUAUGGAUAUUUUUCUAAGGAGGCAGUGAUAUUCUCGCCGGAGAACUUUGACUUUAAUAAAAUCAAAGAUAAUUUGCAGUUCAUGAGAAUGUUGAGUAAAGCUUAUGCAGCAGUUGAAAACGAGGUAGACGAGACUGAUAAAGCUGCUAGACAGGUUUGGCAUACGUCAACGGAAUUAUUUAAGCCGUGGUAUGGAUACGCGAUAGCUAAAUAUAUCGUCGAAAAAUAUAAAGCAACUGAAAACCCACAUCACGAACUGAUAAUAUACGAAAUGGGUGCGGGUAAUGGAACAUUAAUGUUAAAUAUUCUUGAUUAUUUAAAACAAUUUGAGUAUUCAAUAUAUCAGCAGACGCGAUACAAGGAUAAUUUUGCACACGAUGCAAUUUGCUACGAUACUGAGACCGAAGAACCACAACAAGGAAUAGUAAUUACCGAUGAAAAAGGAGAAUACGAAGAUGUAUACGAGCCAGUGACAGAUCCUCUUAUUCUUCGUUACUUAUCUACGCGUGAAAAAACAUCCUAUAAAACUCCCAUCUUGCAUAAAUGGCGUACCCUUCGAAAAUUACGUCAUCGGAUGCCAUUUGCUCCUUCGUUAUCGAAGCCAGAAUUUCUACCCACCAAAGCUCUUUUAUUCCUAGAAAUCAUUAAUGAAUAUUUUCCGCGACAUCGAUUAUUGAUCUCGGAUUUUUUCAAGUUACCUGAUGCUAUACCCGGAGUUGAUGCGCCUGUGGUUCAGACACGGUUUGAGCGUACUAUGGUUCCUUGUUCAACAUAUAUGGUACAGCCUGGGUAUUUUGAUAUUUUCUUUCCCACAAAUUUUGAAUUAUUAAAGAGUAUUUAUCAAGUGCUACGUGACGAUGGAAAAAGUGGUAGUCAGUCAGAAGAAAUACAAGUAUUUACUCAGAAAGAUUUCCUAAAGAAAUAUGGUGACCUUGAAAGAACGCGGACAAGAAGUGGUGAAAAUCCCAUGUUACUAUAUUAUGAGAAUAUAAAGUUUCUAAUCACAUGA